AUGGUAGAGGAAACCGCAUCUCAAAUGAGCACUGAGGCCACAGAGCAUGGAUUUCUGUUGGCCAUUGCUCCGCACAACCAGCACGAGGCAACACACCAGAAGAUCUAUGAUGCACUUGAAGAGGUUUUUCGCUGUCACGGCAACAUCGCGAAUUACCUUCAGAAAACCAUCGGAGAGGAUGAUGAAAAGGCUUCUCAGUUCAUCCUCUUCUUGGAUGAGUUGACCACUGCUGGUGCAGUCUUCCAGGAGACUUCCAAAUAUUUGCAGGCCCAGCACCUACGUUCAGAUGUGAUCUUGUCGGAGGUGAAGCAGGUGAAAUUGCACGUGGCAACGUUGGGCUUCCAUGCCAAGAGCUCCAUCAAGGGCCCACCGAGUAAUGUGAAGGUCAAGGAUAUGAUCGGAUUGAUUCUCUUUGAUGGAUUCGUCACAGCUCUGGAGCCCUUAGUGGUGACACAGCCAGCAGACCUUAUGGCACUCACCAGUGAGCGCAAACUUGCAACUCCAUGGAAGGGCAUGGAUGCCUUCAGUGUGGGAUACAGCAAAGGGUUCAGCAGGGCUCUGUCUUUGCUGGGGCUCCUGUUGAUUUGCUUCGAGAAUGGCAUCGACAUCUCAGAGGAGCUGCCACUGCUCCACAAGAGCCUGUCCAGCAUUCAUUGCGUCGUGAGCAAGUUUGCCAGCAAGACUGAGGAAGUGCUUUUCAACUUCAAAGUCCAGACCCGUGGUGCAGUUCGCAAGUUGCCCAAUGUUGUGGAAUGGAUUUGUGUCCUCAAGCACUUGCAGGAACAGGGCACCAACACCAAUGAAGUGAUGCGGAAGUACAACAACAGCGUGCCCACCAAAGCUCAGCAGAUUGCAGGUGGAAAGGCAAAAACAGUGAAAAACCUGAUGGAAAGCUUGCCCCAGGAGUGUUUACAGCUGAUUCUGGACCAUUGCCAGCGUUUCUCAUGGGAGGCCAGUGUUUUCACUGAUGACUGCUUAGCCAGCAAGAAAAUUAGUGCUGGAUAUUGUCACCGUAGUGUUGGACUUGGGGAGGCUUGGCGUAGUAGGGGCAAAGUCACUGAAGAGUCCCUGGACUUGAUGUUCCGCCACAUCAUCCAUGGCUUUGAAUCGUCCUCUGAAGACAUGCGAAAGAAGCUCUCCCAGCAGGAGGUGGAUGCCAAAUCAGAAGAGGCAGCAUUUGUGUACAACAUGGCCCUGGAAGCAAAGAAGGAGUGCCCAAUUGAAGACAGCUUGUUGGAGGAGAAGUGGUUUGGACCAUGGGUGUCUGGUGAGUUUUCCUGCACACAUGAAGUGGCCAAUCAGCUUCAGCAAAAGGAUCCCAACUUGACAGCACGUGGUGUGAAGCAACUUGCUGAAGUGAUGAACAUCCAUGGCAGCACCAUGCCUGUGAGGGGACAACCAGGUUCGGUGCGAGCGAUCGAAGGAAGCCUGGAAGAAGAUGAGUGGAACUUGCUGAAGCAGAGGAUCACAUAUGACCUCCAGGCUUUCAGGGUGACAGGCCAAAGGAUGGCAUCGUGGGAGUCUGCCAAGUACCACGAGGAACUCAUGCAGCGAAGACAGCGAUUUGAAGUGUCCAAUGCCGCAGCCAAAUCCUUCCUGUCAUGCUAUGUCAACAUUAUCCUUGCUGACAAAGUGGUCGCCCCAGUGCUCAGGAACAUGGGUGAUUUUGUGGAUCGUUCGAUGCAACGCUUUGGCCUGCAGAAAGCGGCUAUGGUCUCGGCGUACUUCUUGAAUUGGUCAGCUGUGUCGCGUUGCAAGGAGAGCCUCCAAGCCGUGCAGGCCCAAUCCAUGGGAGUUCUCUUGAACGCCUCAGACAAUGCUGUUGGGGUAGCAUUGAUGCCUGUCUUUGGCUAUCUCAAAGGCCAAACCUUUGUGGCGGAGCACCACUGCUUGAAGAAGUUGCACGGUGCAGGCUUGAAUGUGGACAGAACCAUGAGCUUGAAUUUCGAGGCUCGUGUGGAUGCACGGGAUUCACGCCCACUCACAUACCAAGGCCGUAUUGCGACUGGGUCUGCAUUGAAUGAGACAAAGUUUGCCUUCAAGUCCUCCAGCCUUGUGACACACGGCAGGACUGCCAAUGCAGAGCAGCUAUCAGCUGCACACAUGGAGCACGUUGAAGAUAUUGACCCUGAAGCCCUUCCUUCAACAACCUCAGAUGAUCACAUCGCUGGGGCACGAAAAUUUGAGCAAAUUGGACAAGAUGCAUGGUCCAAGAUGUUCGAUGCAGCUCUAGAUGGUGUCGAGGUGGGGCCAAACACUUCCAUCUUGAUCAUUGAUGGCAAUCUGGGAGUCGGAGACAGCUUUGCAGCGUACCUGGACAAGAGAAAAGAGUACAACUGUCCGAUCUUCUAUGUUGGCAUCACCGAUGAUGAAGUGACCAAAGAGUGGUUUCUGAAAACAAAGUGUGAAAAGUUGACCCGCGACCAUUGUGAAGGCAAGGUGGAGAUUCCAGGUGUCGCACGUGUGGCUGAGGAGUGGACUAUCCACCCUCGCUACAGUGCAGAGUUCCAAGGGCUUCUGGAAAAAAUCACGGAGGAGUUUGGGCCUUUGAUUGCAGAGAAGGAUCGCAGCAAGAACACUGAGAAUGGAAGGGACAAUGGCAGUGGUGAUUCCAAGCCUGUCCGGAAGCGCAAGAAUCAGGCUCAAGAUGUGAUGAUGACGAAUCCCAUUGCUGCCAAGAGGGGCAAGGUGGAGAACGCGUUCCUGAAGAAGAUUGAGGAAGUGGGUGAGGAGAAUAAGCUCUUGGAGUUUGACUUGGUCAACAGAGGUGGAGGUAUCAGUGUCCAUGUCAAGUUCCAGAACAAGGUGUUUCUUUUCAAUCGCUCUCACACCAAGGCAGUGCUUCAAGCAGGACAUGUGUUGGCUGGAUUCGGCUCAGGCAAAUACAAGCAGCGGAAGGAAGGUGAAGAAUUCAACGCAGACAAGGAGGUGCUUUUCGAGGUUGAUCCUGCAACCUUGGUUCUCAAUGGAAGCCAGCUGACCACUGUGGACGAGAUGCUCAAGACGAAGCGUGCCGACGACCCUACAGCUUCCAUUGCCUAUCACAAGGUCAUUGAGGAGCCAACCCCUGAGGAUGCCUCCAAGAUCAAGAUCACGUUGCAGAACCAGGUUGCCUUCGUCCCAAAUCCAGCUGGUGUGAAUGAAGAUGAGGAGAACAAGGAAAAGAGUGUCAAAGCCAAGGCCUUGCAAGCUCGUGCGGCAUCAUUGUUGCCAGCUGCGUCAUGGAAAACUCAUUGCACAUCGGUGCUUUGGGUAGUGCGCUGGGCCGCCAUUGGUUUGACACCUGUGAAGCCUCAAGUUGUUCUCACAAAGGAGAUCUCUCUGGAGCCUGGUCAGGCUUGUGAGCUCUAG